UGCUUGGCGGCCGAGCUUUUCUUGAAGUCUGCGUGUCCCAAUCCACUAUCACACAAAGUGUGGUUGGCCUUGAACGCUUUUCACCCAGAACCUCGUCACAUCCGCGCUUUCAUCACCGACAUGAUCCGUCCGCCACGAGGCGCCCGAGACUUCACUCGACUCGACUCGACGUCAUCACGUGGCGCAGACCAGGACCGCGGUGCCGAGAAGAACGGUCUACACUGCGGCGGGGGCCGUUCGAACAGAGGAACACCCUUUGGGUCUGGAAGCGCAUGGUGCUGGAAUCAAAGAAAGCUGCCUUGCGGGGCUGCGGUGCGGUGAAAUGAAUGGCUAGAAACGCCAUCUCCAAGGUGUGGUUUUUGUGAUAGUAGCCAUUUCCCUUUUCAGGCGACAACACCAAGUCAGAACCCCAAGGAUCUUUCGGUGCAAGCUGACGAAGCAUGACGUGGGCCCAUGAAUGCGAAGCGGUGAGUCAGUGUGACACCGUGGACAGCGGUGGGUUGAUACUCCGAAGAGCAAGCCGUCACUGACAUGCCAAGGUUGGCACCAAACCAGCCAACAUCAAGCCAUCUAAGCUUUUUGUUUUACAGAAGAGCAAUUCACUGGACAGUUGGACUGAUGGCCAUGGUCAGUCUGACAAAUCUAGGAAGUGCUUUGGAAGACAUUUCCAGUUUUCAGCAGUGAGUGGUGAAGCUGUGAGUGGGUCUGUGCGCAAAAGGGUCCGUCAGCGGGUUCGUCUGCGCCGACCCAAGACGCCCGUCUGGAGGAAACCAAACGAAUGGCCCCGGGGCACCCGUCGGGACGUACAUACCUGACACGUACAUACCUCUCGGCCAAUUGGACAAAUAGCACAGAAACUCACACAAUUACCAACCACGUAUGGCGGUGUCCUAUUAUGCGUAUAGCUGUGAAGGGCAUUUAUCAAGGCAGAUUGUAAAGCCAAGCAGCAUUCUUCCGUGGAACAGGAGCCGAUUUUGCUGUCCAAGAACUCUUUUGAAGUCCCCUGUGACCAAAUCCACCACUGGACGGAAAGUUCUCUAGCUCAAGGCCCUGCUUUACGUCAAUCUUGACAGUUGCGCCUUUCAAGUGUGUGUGCACCGCAAAACUGGCAAUAAGCCAUGGGUCCUUCUUACAAAAGACUUUUGCUCUAUCACUUUUGCGGAAGCGAUGAAUCAUCUGGUACGCACCCGACGAUAAAGUCAAUGAGCAGGUUUGCUCCAUGGGUUUGUCCGGCGCGCCAUUCAAUCAAUCAAUCGAUAACUUUGCCUUUAUAGGAGUGCCUAUACCCUUCACUUGAACGUUAUUUGCUACUUGGAAAUGGCACCGAAAUACAAACAAUUACCAACCGUGUAUGGCAGUGUCCUAUUAUAUGCAGGCGUGAAAUGGCGUGAAGGGCAUUUAUCAAGGCAGAUUGUAAAGCCAAGCAGCAUACUUCGGUGGAACAGGAGCCGAUUUUGCCAGCCAAGGGUUCUUUUGAAGUCCCCGUGACCAAAUCCACUUGGACGGAAAGUUCUCUAGCUCAAGGCCAUGCUUUACGUCAAUCUUGACAGUUGCACCGUCCAAUUGAGCAGCGGCGCCGCGAAUCUGGCGACACGACAUGAGUCCUUUGUACAAAAGACUUUUGCUCUUUCACUUUUGCGGAAGCGAUGAAUCAUCUGGUACCUACGAAUCAGGCCACAAAGUCAGUCAGGAGGUAUGUUUUUUGGGUUGUACAUCACGCCAGACAAAAAGGGAGCGGAAACGCAUCUCGAGGAAACUCAAUUGUGUGCUGGAAGCAGGCAUCAUCGGUUUCUUUUGUAUGAUAUGCCACUUAGAACGAAACAGAUAGCGCGCGGGGAUUUGGAAUAAGUAAGGCUGGCGUCUGUGUUUGUAACUCUUUCGUGAAGCCGAAUCCGGGUUAUUUGUACAAGAGCUUUUCAAUACAUGGCAUCAGUACCCCAAAGAGACACCCAGAAGUCUUUCGAUUUCAGACAGCAGAAAGACGUGGACUGCGCCUGUCAUCGUCACUCAAGUCCUUUUGGCGUUCAUCGUGUCCGUGUUCGUUUCUUUCGAAGCGGAAGCGAGAGCAUCUGAAGCGCGGAUCUGAGGUUCGUUGGGUUCUGCCAUUGCCCCACUUGGAUAAACUCAGACGUGAUUCUUCGUGAAAAAGCUCCAUCUCGGAUUGGGAUGACCGGAGCUCUUUGGGUGUGACCCCUGACAUUCAGGACGACUCCGCACUCGUAGCUAGCUUCAUGAAUUUCGCAGGUUCGAAUCCUGGAAGGUGCAGAUCGCUUCGACCAACGCCUUGGAGCUGAGUGACAUACCCCUUGGAGUCAGACCCAGUUGGCCACCGUCUCUUCUCAUGAUUGAGCUGAGGUUCUUUACAGUUCAUGUCUUUUUUUGAGGACCCAGAAAGGCUGAGCAGUUGAGCUGAUGAGCUUCAGGUUAAGUCCUCCAAGUGGCCGUGUUUGGCUUCGAACUGUGGAGGAAGAUGAGCCGGCCAUGUCACCUGUCCGUGCGCCACACGAGGGUGACACAGGACAGACGCGCCGAUCAUAUAGAGACGACCUGUCAGGCGUCUCAGGUUCGCUUUGUUUCGCUUGGAUCCCGCCGUCUGCGGCCCUAGUGCAUCUGCAUUUUCAUUUGCUGCUGCCACAUGUGUGGCUAGUGUGGUCCACGACCAUCAGUGUGCUCAAACAGCACCAGCGUUUGGUGCCACAAAUCUAUGCUUUUGUACGACUGACCCACAAAGCCCACCCAUCAGAUUUCCCUAGACAUAGGUAGGACCCAGCAGAAUUCCUUUUCGCCAGAUGCAAGUAACAACUUAUCACAGUGGAACCAGUUGAAAGGCAUUGAUGUAGCCACCUUGACAAUUGACACGUCCAUCUAAGUUCCACGACUGUUGUUCCCCAUUGCAGAUUUCAUUAUCUGAGGAUAGUUCUUUCCUGUCGACCAUGAUGCUUGUAGUGCCGCUUGAAGCCCUUCGUGGAAGCUGUUUUAGUUUUAAACGAAAUGGCUCAUGUCGAUGGCAGGGAAGCAGGAACAUGGAAAUCCGAAGUGUUUGGAGUGCUCUCAAUCAAAUGAUUGACAUCACCAGAUAAGUUGAAUGCCUAAGCAUUUGGGCAGUUUGCAGUGCCUGAAGCACUCGCGCUGGGCUGCUCAGCUGACAAAGCUCAGCCGUUCCACAACAAAAAAAAGUACUACCAGUGCGGCGGGGCAAUAUGGAGAGGAGCA